AUGUCUCAUCAUAAGAAGCGUGUGUACCCUCAGGCCCAGUUGCAAUAUGGAGCGGGAGCAAGCGUUUUGGGACAGGCACCAAUAGCGUCGCCCAAUGUACCUCCACAGGUGAGCACUCCGGUUACGAAUCAACAACCGCAGUUCAUGACACCUGCGCAGCAGCAAUUGCAUAUGCAGAUUGAUCAGACUACACAAUCGAUGGGCAAUAUGCAAUUGCACAAUGUGCCGGUAGUCGAUCCUAACAGCUUUUACCAACAGCCCGUACAACAAGCAGCACCUCAACCCGCAGGUCCUGCGGCGGCCUUCAGCCAGCCCGCUGCCAUGGGAAGACCCAUGAACCAGUUAUAUCCAAUCGAUUUGUUAACCGAGCUACCUCCUCCCAUCUCUGAUCUGUCAUUGCCACCACCACCAUUAAUGGUGCAGCCAGAGAAGUUUGUUGUGCCAACUGAGACUGCUAACGCUUCUUCUGACUUUGUUAGAUGUACUUUAAACGCGGUACCUAAAUCCAACUCACUCUUGAAGAAAUCCAAGCUACCGCUAGCACUUGUUAUUAGACCAUACCAGCAUCUUCAGGAUUCCGUCAAUCCGGUCCCACUCAACACCGAUGGAUUAGUUGUUCGUUGUCGUCGUUGUCGUUCGUACUUGAAUCCAUUUGUUACUUUCGUGGACGGCGGCAGAAGAUGGCGGUGUAACUUUUGUAACCUAGCUAAUGAUGUCCCCAUGGCUUUGGAUAUGUCUCAGCAAGGUGUUCCAGUUAACCGUUACGAGAGAAACGAAAUUCAACAUGGUGUUAUGGAAUACUUGGCCCCUAAAGAAUAUGCUGUUAGACAGCCACCACCUUCAUCCUACGCAUUUGUUCUUGACGUGUCUCAAAAUGCGAUUAAGAAUGGCCUUUUAGCCACUGCUGCCAGAACCAUUCUGGAAACUUUGGACAGCAUUCCGAACCAUGAUGAAAGAACUAGGGUGACUAUUCUGGCCGUCGACAACUCCAUCCACUAUUUCUCUAUUCCACUUGAUGAAGAUAGCGAAAACAUAAAGAUGAUGGAUGUCGUAGAUUUGGAUGAACCGUUCCUACCUAUGCCUAACUCAAUGUUUGUUCCAUUGAAUGGAUGUAGGGCCAACAUUGAGAAGCUAUUGACGCAGUUGCCAGAAAUUUUCCAAUACAACAUUAUGUCCAAGUUUGCGCUGGGUCCAGCGCUCAAGGCAGCAUUCAAUCUUAUCAAGGGUAUUGGUGGUAAGAUUAUUGUUGUUUCUUCAACAUUACCAAAUAUAGGCAUUGGUAAGCUACAAAGAAGAAAUGAAGCUGGUGUCGCAAACACUUCUAAGGAGUCCUCCCAAUUGUUGAGUUGCCAGGAUUCUUUCUACAAAAACUUUACUAUAGAUUGUAACAAGAACCAGAUCACUAUCGAUCUAUUUUUGGCGUCCGAGGAUUAUAUGGACGUUGCUUCCUUGUCAAAUCUACCUCGUUUCACAGGUGGGCAAACUCAUUUCUACCCAGGUUGGUCUGCGGCCAAAUUGACAGAUGUCGCAAAGUUUACCAAAGAGUUCUCCAAGCAUCUCUCGAUGGAUUUGUCUAUGGAAGCAGUUAUGAGAGCUCGUGGAUCUUCGGGUCUUCGUAUGACCAGGUUUUACGGCCACUUCUUUAACAGGUCUUCUGAUUUAUGUGCCUUCCCUACAUUCCCUAGGGACCAGUCUUACGUUUUUGAAGUUAGCAUUGACGAACAGUUAGUCCGCGACUAUGCUUAUUUGCAAAUUGCAAUAUUGCUAUCUUUGAAUACCGGCCAACGUAGAAUUCGCGUCAUCACAUUGGCAAUCCCAACUACCGACUCCUUGGCCGAAGUAUAUGCAUCAGCUGACCAGCUUGCCAUGACUGCAUACUUUGCACAAAAGGGUGUGGAGAAGGCUUACACAAACUUAGAAGAGUCACGAGAGUACUUAAACCUAUCAGUGCAAGAAAUUCUAGGCACCUACAAGAAGGAAAUCGUCGUUUCAAACACAGCUGGUGGAGCUCCACUGAGGUUGUGUGCUAAUCUCAGAAUGUUCCCAUUGCUGAUGCACUCUCUGACCAAGCACAUGGCAUUCCGUGCUGGUAUUGUUCCAAGCGAUCAUAGGGCUGCUGCUUUAAACAACUUGGAAUCGAUUCCUUUACCUUAUUUGAUCAAGAAUAUCUAUGCAAAGGUUUACUCGCUGCAUGACAUGCCUGAUGAAGCAGGUCUGCCAAACGAAGAGGGUGAAAUUGUCCUUCCAGAACCAAUCAAUGCCACUUCCUCUUUACUGGAAAGAUAUGGUUUGUACCUGAUUGAUAACAGCAGUGAGCUGUUCUUAUGGGUUGGUGGUGAUGCGGUUAAUGAGUUAACUAUGGAUGUUUUUGGUACACCAGACAUUCUGGACAUUCCAAUAGGCAAACAAGAACUACCAACUCUUGACAACUCCGAGUUCAACACCAGAGUAAGAAGUAUCAUCGCGAAAAUCAGAGAGCAUGACGAUAUCAUUACUUAUCAAUCACUUUACAUUGUUCGCGGUGCGUCCUUGAGCGAGCCAGUAAACCAUGCUUCCGCUAGAGAGGUUGCCACACUAAGACUGUGGGCCUCGAGUUCCUUAGUAGAGGACAAGAUAUUGAACAGUCAAUCAUACCGUGAGUUCUUGCAAAACACGAAGACGAAAAUAAGCAAAUAA